AUGGGCAUCCAGACGCUACCGCAGUCGACUGUGCGGACUCUGGGGGCGUCACAAGUCUUGAACGAACCAGCAUCGGUGGUCAAGGAACUUCUCGAAAACGCUCUCGAUGCUCAUGCUACAUCCGUAUCAAUCGAGAUCUCGGCCAACACCCUCGACACAAUCCUAGUGCGAGACAACGGACAUGGCAUUCCGCCGCCGGAUCGCCAUCUCAUCGCGAGGCCGCACUGCACGAGCAAGAUCUCGGGGGAGGACGAUCUCCACUCCAUCGGCGGUACCUCACUGGGCUUCAGAGGUGAAGCACUGGCCAGCGUUGCGGACAUGAGUGGCUCCCUCAGCAUCAGCACACGAGUCGAGGGAGAGCAAGUUGCCACGGUGCUGAAGAUCGAUCAGCGCGGCGAGGUCGAGGGCACAGAUCGAGCAUCAUUGCCGGUAGGCACCACGGUCAAGAUCACCGACUUCCUCAAAUCGCAUCCAGUGCGGAGACAGAUCGUGCUCAAGGACACGGAAAAGUGCUUCAAGAAGAUCAAGCGCAUGCUGCAGGCCUACGUCUUCACCAGGCCAAACGUACGCUUGUCGUUACGAGUGUUGAAAGCGAAGAACGACAAAGCCAAUUGGACGUAUGCUCCCAAAACCGGUGGCAGUGUCGAAGAUGCAGCGCUUAAGGUCUUAGGUUCUGCGUGUGCCUCUCAAUGUGAGUGGUCAGUCCUGGAAUGUCAAGGUUUCACCGUGCAAGCUCUUCUUCCACGGCUGGAUGCCGAUGCCCACAAAGUCAGCAACACUGGCGCCUUCCUUUCAAUUGAUCGCAGGCCAGUCUCGACUGCGCGAGGCACUCCAAAGCAGAUCAUCAAGCUCUUUCGAGAAGCUUUGAAGAGCACUGGUUCGGCGUGGGAAGGCGUGAAGGAACCGUUCAUCUACCUGGACAUAUCAUGCCCCCAACGCAGCUACGAUGCGAACGUCGAACCGGCCAAGGACGACGUCCUCUUCGAGAACCCUGAUCAGAUCUUCGAUGUCGUGAGAAAGCUCAUGACUACUGCGUACCCAGUCCAAGAACCCCGAUCCCAUCGAAUCCGCUCCCUGCGAACUGCUUUCAGAAGACGACGACUUCUUCACCUCACUUGA